UGUUUCAAAGAUGACCGCAUUGUAUUCUGGACAUGGAUGUUUUCCACCUACUUUAUGGAGAAAUGGGCUCCGAGGCAAGAUGACAUGCUCUUCUAUGUUCGCAGGAGAUUGUCCUACGUUGCUGGAGAUAAUACAGAAGGGAAGAAGCAGGUUGAAGUUGAAGUGUAUCGCAGAGAUUCCAAGAAGCUUCCAGGCCUGGGAGAUCCUGAUAUUGAUUGGGAGGAGAGCGUCUACCUGAACCUUAUACUACAGAAGCUGGAUUAUGUAGUGACGUGUGCGGUAUGUACUCGUUCAGAUGGAGGGGAUAUUCACAUCCAUAAAAAGAAGUCCCAGCAAGUCUUUGCCUCUCCAAGUAAACACCCCAUGGACAGCAAGGGCGAGGAAUCGAAGAUCAGCUAUCCAAACAUAUUUUUUAUGAUUGACAACUUUGAAGAGGUAUUUAAUGACAUGACUGUAGGGGAAGGCGAGAUGGUUUGUGUGGAGCUGGUGGCCAGUGACAAAAGCAACACUUUCCAAGGAGUUAUUUUCCAGGGAUCCAUCCGCUAUGAAGCCCUCAAGAAGGUCUACGACAAUAGGGUGAGCGUGGCAGCCAAAAUGGCACAGAGGAUGUCCUUUGGUUUUUAUAAAUACAACAAUAUGGAGUUUGUACGUAUGAAGGGGCCUCAGGCCAAAGGACAUGCGGAAAUGGCAGUGGGUCGCGUUUCCACGGGUGACACUUCUCCUUAUGGUACAGAAGAAGAUUCAAACCCAGGUUCACCGCUGCAUGAGAGAGUCACGUCCUUCAGCACCCCUCCGACUCCAGAACGCAACAGCCGCCCUUCCUUUUUCUCCCCAUCUCUCAAGAGGAAAGUGACCCGAAAUCGAAUUGCAGAGAUGAAGAAAUCCCAUUCGGCCAACGAUAGCGAGGAAUUCUUUCGGGAUGAUGAUGGUGGAGAUCUGCAUAAUGCAACAAACCUACGGUCCCGGUCACUAUCUGGAACUGGACGCUCUCUGGUGGGUUCUUGGCUGAAGUUGAACCGAACGGAUGAAAACUUCCUCCUCUAUGCACACUUAACCUACGUCACGCUGCCGUUGCAUCGAAUUUUAACUGAUAUUCUGGAGGUACGACAGAAACCGAUUCUGAUGACAUAGCCGGGAGCCGGGCGCUGCCUUGGAAACCUUGCAGCCAAGUGCCUAAAAAACUAUCUAUCGCUGUCUUCUGUCACACACCGCCACUUGUGUCAGGAACAUAACAUUAUUCUGAAAAAAGGGAUCUCUAGGAAUUACCAGCCAAUCAAGAAGUGCCUCUUUGUUCUUUCCUCCCCUAAGAGAAACAGAACUGGCUUGCGUCUCUUAGCCGAUAAACCUGGCGGAAGGUUUCUAAAGCAAAAAAUAAAAAAGGAAACGAGGGGAAACGAAGCCAACGUCACAGAAGGAGGGGCUGCGUUUAAAAGCGAUGCUUUGCGGACAGUUGGUUAGCGCCUACUUCCGUGAUUGGGAAGCGACCUGUACAAAAUGCAUUCAUCUUUAUACACUUCGAGACCACCCUCCGCAGGACUUCAGACUGGCGAAUCAGGGAACGUCAUUUCACGGACCGCUGGGGACUCUUUCCGCGUGCGUCCGAAAGCAACCCCUUCUGUAAGCGUUUUAACUGGGUAGGACCGUGAAGUAGCAUAACAUCAGUGGGGAAGUUGAGGAAAAAAGGGCAUUUGAUCUCAUGGAGGAGCUGGGGGGAGCCCAACGGCCAGCUUUCUCUGCUUCUCUCAACGGGAUGUUUUUAAAGCCUCGUAGCAUAGAUGAAUUCUAUGACGUCAUCUUCAUCUACCAAAGAUCAGCCAGAAGUCCAGCCAAAAAGUGUCUGAAAGGUUGAGAUUGUAGGAAAGUCCUCGGGUGUAACUUGCCUCCAGUCGGUCUUCCCCUACGUGGGGCCUGUAAUUGGAGGAAGAGGAGGAACACACCAGCUGGAGGAUAGAAAGGAAACCCAGCGGACCUCAGCCUGAACAAUUGGAAAUUAAAAGGAAUCAAAGUAGCUCCCGAAAACCUUUUUACUACCCGCCCAUCCCCAUGCCAGCUCAAAAGCUUUCCCUCAAACCGAUCUGUGUGUGUGCUGCUGUGGUUUCUCAGUAAACGGAAGUCUAAUCCUUAUCUAAAGCUCCCUCCAAUACUCUUCCAGCAAUUUGGGGAGGGGGCAAAAUUCUGGAGGAAGCGCAGAGUUAAUAUUGUGGAUUUUGGAUUGUUACCGGAUUCUACUGUAUGCGUGUCUGAAGAUGCAUAAAACGUAGCUGGGGUAGAAGAGGGCAUUUCACUACUCUCGAAAACACAUGCACUGAUUUUUUUCUUUAAUGGAUUCUCAUCUCAGUGUUUAAGAGGAGACUGUUUGGUGGAGAUAUGGGUUGUAAUGUCAUGCGUCCCCCUUCCUCAUCCUUGGAGGAUUUGCACCUUUAUUUUAAAUGUAUCUUACAAUUUUGUGUGUUUACAAGAUGAAGUUCAACCUGUUUACAUGGCAACAUGUGUGUGCUCCUUUAGAAAGAACUCAGAGUAAACCACACAAGGAUUAGGGUCGGGGGUGCCCAGUGCAAGGGGAGGGUAGAGGGCCAGCAUUAAAGGUGGCAGUCAUGAUCCCAUGAUCCAAGCCCCACCCCUUUUUACAUGCUUCACGGAUGCCCUCUUGACACACCCAUCCUGCCUUACGUUUGCUUACCUUGAUGACUGUAGCAGUAGCAUGAGAUAGCCCUUCGUAGCCUCUUCGCAUCACAUGCUACUAAUCCAGUCAGACCUCGUGACUAGUUAUAGACACGCCCUAACCCAAAAUCAUCCUUUGGGUCAAAAAUCAUCCCUUGGGGAUCACACAAUCCCCAACCAGCAAUUCAGCCGCAAAGAAAGCCUCAUCCAGAUGCCUUCUCAGCAAGAUUUGAAUUCACCUGCUUCUUACCCAUUGGCCGGGCAGACCUUUGUGGGUGUGGCUUGUUCACUGCAGCCAAUCGGCGUUGGUGAGGUGAGUUCCAGAUGGAAGGGGCUUGUUUUUUUCAGCCGCUCUUUACUCUCAGCUCUUUAUCCUGGGGGACUAGCUAAGUAGGAGGGGGCAAUUGAUGUGGCUUUGCUACUCACCCAACGCAGCUGACUUGGGAGAGUUAAUUUAACCCUGUGCAAGACAGGGCUCGUUUUAGGCUAAAUCUGACAUAUGUAUCAAUUGACUCCAUUUUAUGGUCUCACAACAUAGAGACUCCCCGCCCAGUUAAGCAGAUCGUGGGAACAGAGUCUGAAGUGUUAGUUUAAUAGGGAAAAACUGACUUCCUGCCAAAGUUGGGGUUGCUCAGGGAGCAGCUGAAGACGCCUAAAGCUCAUUCAAGUUGCACCAGUUACUCUUCGUAGGAGCCCUUCCCUGCAAGAAGCCUAGCUGAACAAAUUGCUUGGCAGCUCUGAAGAGUGUGAAGAAACGAACAACGCGCCUGGGUAAGUUCUUUGGAUUUAAGCCUGAAUAAACACAGAUGGGCUCUGAUUCUGUUGAGAGCCACUGCAGCGAGUGAAAAGCUGAAGAUCAUUUUGCUGGCAGAGAGCCUACCAGGGUCAGAAAUAGGAUCACAUCAAGUAUCACUUGAGAUCUUUGGAGCUUGCUUUCGGUGCUGUGGCUGCCAGCAAGACUUGGGCAAGAAGUUAGCUUGCCGGGCUUAGUGACCCUGGUCUAGAGGACAGAUUUCCUGAUGUUUCACCGGCAACUGUGGCUGGCAUCUUCAGUGUCUUGAGCAGGACAAACCGUUCCUCCCCUACAUAGAGAAGGUCACUGACCGCAUAGGAAAUUUAUUAGAAAAGCACAAUGUUAAAGCCAUCUACAGGCUGACUAAGAAAAUCCAGGAAAUCAUUUGAUCGGCCAAAGACAGCAAGACCCGCUCACAACAUCCGGGGUCAACUGCAUCCCUCGUGGCUGUGGACAGGUGUACAUUGGGACCGUCAAACGCAGUUUCCACACCCAACUGAAGAAACACGAGAGGUACUGCAGACUAGGACAGCCCGAAAAAUCAUCAGGAGGGGAACACGCGCUGUGCCAUAGUGGUCAUGAAAUUCAAUUCAAGGACGCACAAGGGCUGCAGACCACAUCAAACUAUUACGUAGGCCUGCACAGAGAGGUUAUUGAGAUGCAUAAACAUCCCAACAGCUUCAACAAGAAAGAAGAAACUCUGAAGGUUCGCAAAGCCUGCUUCUCUGCCCUGAGCAAGAGAUCAAGAUCCAAGAUCCUGCCCCAAAGCAGGACCAGCCAUGAAUCAGUUCCCCAAACUGGGCAAGGACCCACUCGGGGCCCAGCUGCUCAGACGAACCAACCAGAACCCCACACAAAGCGAGCACCAAGCAGGAAUCCUCACUCCAGAAAUGGCCAAUCAGAAGCCAGCAUGAACAAAGGACAAUCAAGAAACACCACCACCAAAAUGAUCCAUCAGGAUCGGGCACAGAGAAGGAACCCAUCGGAGACCAGCCCUCAUCAACCUGCACCAAUCGGAAACCCGCUCGGCUAAAGACCAAUCAGAAGUUGGGACACCUGGCUAUAAAAACAGGAGCCCAGUCAGUCCCUGCUCAGUUGCCUGUGGUCUGCGUGGCAGGUCACUCUGCCUCUGAAGAUGCCUGCCACAGCCGCCGGCGAAACGCCAAGAAAUCCGUGGUCUAGACCAUGGUUACUAAACCCUGAAGCUCAACACUGUCCAUCGUGAAAGCUACACCAGUACGUUAAACACUAUCUUCUUUACUUUUCCAAGUAAAGUCCACUAAUCCAAACUAGCUACCCAUAUUUUACCCUAACGUAUUGUGCAAACUCAGACCUUGCGGUUGGCUUAAUGUUUGGAAAGGAAGAUUAACUGAACCAUUGGUUAAUGGAUUCCAGCUAUGCUGGCUAGAGGCAUUCGGGUAGCCACGUGGUUGUACCUUACAAAUGACAAAACCACCCCACGUAAGGUAUGCGCUACGGCUGCCUGCAGGUCGGGGGUGCGCCAGAACACAUUCGGGGGCGCUGCUGAAUUCAGAGUAGCAAAGAAGUGCAAGGCUUUACUCUCAAAAUGCUGGCCCCAUGUUCACCCCAUUUUUGCCUUGUGCUUACGGCUCUCAGACGGUGGUCUGCGGCCUCCUCUCCAGGGCUCUGAACAGAAGGCUAAACGGGUUGGGUUCCUCCUGAAUUGAUGGAUGGCCAGAUCACAGAGCCUGGAGACGUUUGAGCUGGAGGAUGGAAGUACACGAUGCCCGGGAAGCUGGGCUCUGAACAACGAUGCUGCCUUGAAGCAGAACUUCAAGAACUUGACAGCAAAUGUCAAGCAAAUGUCCAGCCUUAUGGAGAUAAGUCCAGGGGGAGCUCAGAAGUGGGAGAGAGCAAGGCUGCAAAGGGGGAUUUUGCUUCCAUUCUGCUUUAAGCAGAGGCCCCUUUCAAAGCAACCCCCCCCCCAAUCUUAUUUCUAAAGAACAAAGCGAAACUCUUGUAUUGCUCAACUUCGGUUCACUCCAAGGGCCCAGGGAAAGCCGCGUGAAUGACGUGGAAUCCUUCAGCGAGGCACAGCAUAGCUUCCACGCCUCCGUCAGGCAAGGCGAAACAUUUCCCAUCGAGGUCAACUGCAACCCCUUAAAAUUCAGGUUUUGGAGGUGUCCUCUGACUUUAAUGCUGGUGCCCCUGAACAAGCGACAAAGGACUUUGGCAAAAGCUGCAACAUUCAUGGUGUUCGUUGUUCCUUUUUCUUAAACCGAUGAACAUUUAUCCUGUGUACCUUUUUAAAGCUGGCAAUGUACAUAUGUAGUUUUAAUUUCAGCAAAAUGCAUACUUCCCACUUUUUUUUUAAUUAAGUCAUCUAAAACUUAAAGGGGGAAGAGAUGAUCUCACUGCCAGUGGCAGCAUUUAAAUUUUCUGAAUUUUGCAUACUAAUAAAUGUCAUCAUUUAACCUUG